ACAUUGUAAGGAGGGGAUGACUGCUCCGGCUUCCUCAGUGCAGCAGCGACUCCAGAAGGCUCGCUGGGCUAGUGUCUGCAAGGUGCCCAUCCUACAGCCACACCUCUCAGCCAUACCCAGGGUGACCGCUCGGCAUGGCACAGGCGUCGGGGAUGGACCCACUUGUGGACAUGGAGGAUGAGAGGCCCAAGUGGGACAACAAACUUCAGUACCUCCUGAGCUGCAUCGGCUUUGCCGUGGGACUGGGUAACAUAUGGAGGUUCCCCUAUCUGUGCCAGACCUAUGGGGGAGGGGCCUUCCUCAUUCCCUAUUUCAUUGCCCUGGUCUUUGAGGGGAUCCCGCUCUUCUACAUCGAGCUCGCCAUCGGCCAGCGCCUGCGGAGGGGCAGCAUUGGCGUGUGGAGGACCAUCUCUCCCUACCUUGGUGGAGUAGGCUUGGGCUGCUUCUCAGUGUCCUUCCUGAUCAGCCUGUACUACAAUACCGUUCUUCUGUGGGUCCUAUGGUACUUCCUCAACUCCUUCCAACACCCGCUGCCCUGGAGCACAUGCCCAUUGGAUCUCAACAGAACAGUGCUCUUGGCUCCAGGAUUUGUGCAGGAAUGCCAGGGCAGCGGCACCGUGAGCUACUUCUGGUACCGGCAGACUCUAAACAUCACAUCUGACAUCAACAACACAGGCACUAUCCAAUGGAAGCUGUUCCUCUGCCUGGUGGCCUGCUGGACAACUGUGUACCUGUGCGUCAUCAGAGGCAUUGAGAGCACAGGGAAGGUGAUCUACUUUACAGCCCUGUUCCCUUACCUGGUACUAACCAUCUUCCUCGUCAGAGGUUUGACCCUGCCUGGAGCAACAGAGGGCUUGACCUACCUGUUCACUCCCAACAUGCAGAUUCUCCAGAACCCACGGGUCUGGCUGGAUGCAGCUACUCAGAUUUUUUUCUCCCUGUCUCUGGCCUUUGGAGGACAUAUUGCUUUUGCAAGCUACAACCCGCCCAGGAACAACUGUGAGAAGGACGCCGUGACCAUUGCCCUGGUCAACAGCAUGACGUCCCUGUAUGCAUCCAUCACCAUCUUCUCCAUCAUGGGGUUCAAGGCGACCAAUGACUAUGGGAGGUGCCUGGACGGAAACAUCUUGAGCCUCAUCAAUGAGUUCGACUUUCCAGAGCUUAGCAUCUCCAGGGAUGAGUACCCAGCUGUCCUCAUGCACCUGAAUGCCACUCAUCCCGAAAGGUUGGCCCAGCUCCCACUGAAGACCUGCCAUCUGGAAGACUUUCUGGAUAAGAGUGCCUCAGGUCCAGGCCUGGCCUUCAUCGUUUUCACAGAAGCUGCCCUGCACAUGCCAGCCGCUUCUGUGUGGUCCGUGCUCUUCUUUGGGAUGUUGUUUACCCUGGGACUGUCCUCCAUGUUCGGGAACAUGGAGAGUGUCAUCACACCACUAUUUGACAUAGGGAUCUUACCUAGAGGUAUCCCCAAAGAAGCCAUGACCGGGAUGGUCUGCUUUGUCUGUUUCCUCUCAGCCAUCUGCUUCACACUGCAGUCUGGAAACUAUUGGCUGGAGAUCUUCGACAGCUUCGCAGCUUCUCUGAAUCUGAUCUUUUUUGCCUUCAUGGAGGUGGUUGGAGUCAUCUACGUUUAUGGGAUGAAGCGGUUCUGUGAUGACAUUAAGUGGAUGACUGGGCGGAGGCCCGGGCUCUACUGGCAGGUGACGUGGAGGGUGGUGAGCCCUCUGCUGCUGCUCAGCAUCUUCCUGUCCUACAUCAUCCUUCUGACCCAGAGACCGCCCAGCUACAAAGCCUGGGACCCCCAAUAUGAACAUUUCCCCUCAAGAGAGGAGAAGCUCUACCCAGGCUGGGUGCAGGUCGUCUGUGUGCUCCUGUCCUUCCUGCCUUCACUAUGGGUUCCAGCAGUUGCUCUGGGUCAUCUGUUGUACCAGCUCAGACAGAGGUGGAAGGAUUCACACCUAGAGAGUGGUCUGAAGCCACAGGAGAGCAGAGGCUGCUGAAGAACAAAUCCAGAGUAGACCAGGGUGGGGAAGUAGACCUGUGCCAUUCAGACCCAGCCUCAUUACACUCUGUCCAUGACCGAGACCACAUGAUUAUUGCUUUCCCAGCUUUUUACGUGGCAGAAAACUGACUCAUAUGUAGGUUCAGGGCAGCUGCAUGAUGCCCAGUGGGCAUCUGUGUGAUGCCAUUUCUCCAAAUCUAGGUUCCCUAGGGUGCACUCUGUGUGUGCAUGGCUUCCCCUGAAAUCCAUGCUGAGUGGGCUAGUCCUGAGUGUACUUGGUUGGCAGUGGCAGGUCUGUGGAAUCCCUUACCUAUGAAUGACCUCCAGAUUGCUAAUUCCAGGAAUUCAGUCCUAUGGCUGGCCUUCAAAGGCAAGCUGAGCUCAGUGAGAGAAACCUGACAGACGAGAAACCUCUUCCUUGUCCCAUAUCAGCCCAGAGUCACCAUAUCUAUGAAGAGACCCACAAGUACAGAUCAGAAACCAUUAGAGAACCCAGUAUCACAUGCCUACAACCAGUGCCACAGAGGUUGGGUGGGGUGGUCAAAAGCUGAGUGGGGUGGUAUCACUGACUCAUCAUACAUAUUGCCAUUUUUGUCUUUCAUGCAUCUAAUUUUUGCUUGUCAAGAAAGUACAAAAAUGCUACUGGUCAGCCAGUUUCUACUCUCUCAUGAGAACGAUAAUUUUUAAGCUCACAUCUGUUCACUCACUGUGACUCUUUACUACCCAGUCCUCCGAAGCCUUCAGGCAUAGCCAUGACUUCAGAAUCACAGAAGGGCUCUUUCCCUCUGUUUCUCAGUGCUGAGAUCCCCCUCUUCCCUCCUUCCCAUCCUCUUGUUUUCUGCCCCUUGCAGCAACACUGUGAAAUCAAGGUCAUCUCUGAAUCCUGGAGCCCUAGACAAGGAUGUCCACUUCUGAUUAGUCCCGACAGAACCAUCUACACCAGCCAGUGGCAUUGUGAUGUCAGUAACUGCCCAGGCACAACAGACACUGGUGUCUUGAAGGAGGAAUGGGCCAUGUGGUACUGUCCACGGUGCUGACAUUUUAAGCAAGAAAGGUUUAUGUGUGCAGAUAUGUCUCUCACUGGAAGCCAUCCUUGCCGUGGCCAGCUCAGAUCAAAGUAAACACAGGUUUCUGGGGAUGCCCACCUGCAGAUUCGCUGAACACCACACACGGGAUAAGCCCCAGGGUGCCCCACCCAUAGUGCUCAAGCCUAUGAAGGGUUAAAUUCUGACCUUGGUGCAGCAUCCUGGACUGCGGAAACUGUCCAUGCCCACCCAUUCUGCCAUUGAUAAAUUCUCUUGACAUGGAAACUGUCCAUGCCCACCCAUUCUGCCAUUGAUAAAUUCGCUUGAUAAGCAGGGA